CCCGGCCUGCCCCGCGGCAAGAUGGCUGCCUGAAGGCGAGGGCCCCGGCGGAAACUUGAAGACCCGAGGGCCCCAGGGACUGGAAGAAAUCCCGUUGCCUGCUUGGAAAGAAGAGGUAGCAACUUGCCCCAGCCCAACCCCAGAGCGGCUCCGGAGUUGAGCUGCUCACACACCAAGCUGUCUGUUUUUAUGGAGUACCUGGAGGGCAUCUGCCAUGAGUCUGUUGCUAACACCACUAACCAGGAAAGCUGGCUGGCUGGGGAGAAGACACUAACCCUGAGCUCUUGGCCAGAGGAAGUAGAGGGGCCGUGGGAUGUGGAGAGCCGAAGGCUGACUCGAGAGCAGAACAGAGAGAGCUGCCAGCGAACAGACGCAGGUAGACGAGCCCAUACCUUCCAGGAUGAGCAGUGCUGCCCCUGCUAAGAAACCUUACCGUAAGGCGCCUCCAGAGCACCGAGAGCUGCGCCUGGAGAUUCCCGUGUCCCGGCUCGAGCAAGAGGAAUCCCUGACUGACGCAGAGCGGAUGAAACUUCUGCAGCAGGAGAAUGAAGAACUUCGCAGACGUCUGGCCUCAGCAACCAGACGCACCGAGGCCUUGGAGCGGGAGCUGGAAAUAGGACAAGACUGCCUGGAACUGGAGUUAGGACAGAGCCGUGAGGAGCUGGACAAGUUUAAGGAUAAAUUCCGCAGGCUGCAGAACAGCUACACAGCAUCCCAGCGGACCAACCAGGAGCUGGAGGACAAGCUGCACGCACUGGCCUCUCUUAGCCACAGCUGGAUUUUCGCAAUCAAGAAGGCUGAGAUGGACAGGAAGACGCUGGACUGGGAGAUUGUGGAGCUGACCAACAAGCUACUGGAUGCCAGGAACACCAUCAAUAAACUGGAAGAGCUCAAUGAGCGGUACCGGCUGGACUGCAACCUGGCCGUGCAGCUUCUCAAGUGCAAUAAGUCCCACUUCCGGAACCACAAGCUUGCUGACCUACCCUGUGAGCUACAGGACAUGGUUCGGAAACAUCUGCGCAGUGGGCAGGAGGUGCCCAGCCCCAGCCCCAGCUCUUCUUCCAGCCUGGCCCCGGGGGCUGUGGUGCCUACCUCGGUCAUUGCCCGGGUGUUGGAGAAACCCGAGUCUCUCCUGCUCAAUUCAGCCCAGUCCGGCAGUGCUGGACGUCCCUUGGCUGAGGACGUGUUCGUGCAUGUGGACAUGAGUGGGGGGGACCCAGCCAGCCCCCCUGCCCCGGGCAGCCCCAAUGGGGAGUGUCGCUCAGUGAGUACUGCAGGGGGCUCCCCAGAGGAGGAGCUUCCCCUGCCAGCCUUCGACAAGUUGAGUCCCUACCCUACCCCAUCCCCACCACACCCAUUGUACCCUGGUAGGAAGGUAAUCGAGUUCUCUGAGGACAAGAUCCGAAUCCCUCGGAACAGCCCCCUCCCCAACUGUACCUAUGCCACCCGGCAGGCCAUCUCCCUGAGCCUGGUGGAGGACGGCAGUGAGCGGGCCCACCGCAGCCCGGUGCCUAGCAGUCCUGCCUCUGCCCAAGGGUCGCCCCAUCACCAGCCCAGUCCAGCUCCCUCGGCACCGAGUGCCCCAGCGAGCUCGGCCAGCUCCGAGGAGGACCUGCUGGCCAGCUGGCAGCGCGCCUUUGUGGACCGCACCCCGCCCCCUGCUGCCGUGGGCCAGCGCACGGCCUUUGGACGAGACUCGCUGUCCGAGCUACAGCUGCAUUUCUCCCCGGGCCACUCCACAGCCCCACCGCCUUCCCCGCACCGUGAGCGUGGCCUUGUGCCGCCAGCGGAACCUGACUCCGGCUUUCCUCAAGACGAGGAAGAGGAAAUGCUGAACCUGCCUGUCAGCCCGGAGGAAGAGCGCCAGAGCCUGCUGCCCGAUAAUGAGGGCACCGAGGAGGCACCUAGCCCUUCUCACGUUGAUAGCAGGGCCUGGCCUCUCCCCAGUUCCAGCCGCCCCCAGCGCAGCCCCAAGAGAAUGGGAGUACACCAUCUGCACCGCAAGGACAGCCUGACGCAGGCGCAGGAGCAGGGCACUGUGCUCAGCUAGACCUGCCUGCCUUCUGCCACCACCUCAGGACUGCAGAGGACCCAGACUCUCCCUACAGACCUGUGCAGCUCGGCCAGUGGGGCCCACAUCAGCCCAUGGAGCUGCGUUUGCAGUAACCGGUGCCGGCUUGCCCUCAUCGUUUUUGUUUUUGUUUUUGCCCUUUUCCUUUGGAAUAUUUAUUCUCCAAGGGUAACAAGUCAUUUGAGCCCCCAAGCUCUUCCCACCAUUCAGUCAGCCCGCUGUUACCAUGGCUUAGCAGUUUUCCAUCACCUUUCACACUCAGAGCUCUGGUUGGUAGGGGAGGGUGUCGUGGGUGCUGCUCACAUCUAUCCCGCUGCCUCUGCGUGGGCUGCUCUUAGGCCUGCUCAGCUGGCCCCCAGAGAUAAGGGUGGACUAACUCAGGGCUCCCCCUUCCAGAGGGAGGGCAUGACUUCCGCUCCCCCACCCCCACCCUCUUAGCCUUGGCUCUAGACUGUUACUCCCAGAUUUGGGAAGUUUUCACACAAUAAUGACUAUUUUCAAAUCAAAUAAAACUUAUUUUAUAGGUAA